UGAGUGCGCUGCCGAUUUCUGCUCGGGUAGCUGCCAUUACUUCGGUGUUAGUUGAGACAGCAAGAGCUGCCAUGAGCGAGAAAGGGGAGCUGGACCUAACUGGAGCCAAGCAGAACACGGGCAUGUGGCUAGUCAAGGUCCCAAAAUACUUGUCUCAGCAGUGGAAUAAAGCCUCAGGAAGAGGUGAAGUAGGGAAGCUAAGAAUUGCCAAGAAUCAAGGAAGAACAGAAGUAUCUUUCACUUUGAAUGAAGAUCUUGCAAACAUUGAUGAUAUUGGUGGGAAGCCAACUUCCAUCAGUGCUCCCAGAGAACAUCCUUUUCUCUUACAGAGUGUGGGAGGACAGACAUUAACUGUUUUUACAGAGAGUUCCUUGGAGUGCCAGGCAGAUGAAAAGUCUGAGAGCAGCAACAGCGAGAAACUGUCAUUGGAAGGAAUAGUGGUCCAACGUGCAGAGUGCAGGCCUGCAGCCAGUGAAAACUAUAUGAAGUUGAAAAGGCUUCAGAUUGAAGAAUCUUAUAAACCUGUAAGCUGGACCAUGCAGCUGGAUAAAGCUGUAACCACUAACUACAAACCUGUGGCUAAUCAUCAAUAUAAUAUUGAGUAUGAAAAGAAGAAAAAAGAAGAUGGAAAAAGGGCUCGGGCUGAAAAGCAACAUGUGUUGGACAUGCUUUUUUCAGCUUUUGAAAAACAUCAGUAUUACAACAUUAAGGACUUAGUGGACAUAACUAAACAGCCAGUGAGCUACUUGAAAGAAAUUUUAAGAGAGAUUGGCAUCUACAAUGUUAAGGGGACACACAAGAACACUUGGGAACUUAAGCCAGAAUACAGACAUUAUCAAGGUGAAGAUAAGAGCGAUUAGCACAACUGUUAAUCAAGCCAGCAAGGAUGUUGUCGGUUGUGGGAACAGAAAGAGCUGCUGAACAAUUCACCCUUAAAAUGCUAAGAGUUAAUAAUUUGUAAUAAGCAUUGUCAUAAGCCCAGCUUCAUUUUUAAAAAGAUUCUGCAAAAAAAUUGUAAGUUCAUGUUUUCAUUUUUGAUAAACAUAUUAUUUAUAGAGUAAAUUUGUAUUAGGUUUCUUUGUAAUAAUUGACCUUUAUUGUUGUUUUUUCAUUUUGUAAAAAUAUAACAAUGUUAGUAAGGGAGAAGGCUGAGUUUAUUCCAUUACUAAAAUCCUGAGUGGUCCUGACCAUAUCAUGGGAUGCUGUUCAACUAUUAGAAUUAUGCCUUAUCAAGAAUAACCAGAAGUGAAACAUAUUUUGAAUAGAUUCAGAAAUCUUAGCACAAGGAGAGAGAUUUUGAAAAAGAUGAUGGGAAAAGGAAAUUAAUACAACAUAAUUGCCGAGAAAAACAUUUAAGUACAGUAAGGAACAAAACAAAAUGAUUUAU